CUGAAUAGGCCUUGAAAAAACGAUAGAACCCUGUCAAAAUUUUAUUUCAAUAGAUAAUUUUUUAAAGAAAAAUAAAUUUUUUUUUAAUAAAAAAAAUUAACACGAAUAAUUUAAAACUAACAAAGCGAAAAUAAUGCUAGCAAUGCAUUUAAAGAAAUCGUUAACGAGAUCUGUUGAGAGUUUAACAAAAAUUUCAAAAAUUCUGUGCAAACGAAACUAUGCUUCAGCGGAAGAUCCAAGAGUAACGAAAGGCCUAGUUAUUGGCGUUUUCCAAAAGGAAGGCGAUAAGGAUCCCAAAUUAACUUCAAGUGGCGAGAAAUUUGAUGAUCGCGUUCAGGGAAAAGUCUCAGAAUUAGUGAAAGAAUGCAACAUCACCGGCCAAUUGGGUAGAGGAAAAAUUUUCAACAAUAUAGAUCAAGAAUAUCGAUCAGUGGCUGUAAUUGGUUUGGGGCGCGAGGGAGCUGGCUUUAAUGAAUUGGAAAUGAUUGAUGAAGGAAUGGAAAAUGCUCGUGUGGCUGCUGGUGUUGGGGCUCGCACUCUACAAAUGCAGGGCUGCUCAGAAGUUUUCAUUGACUCUAUGGAAUAUCCCGAACAAGCAGCCGAGGGUAGCGCCUUGGCAAUAUGGCGUUACAAUGACAAUAAACAGAAAAAAAAUCGCACGAUGGUGCCAAAAUUGGAAUUAUAUGAUUCUCCAGAUGUUGAUGCCUGGACUCGGGGGCUUUUUAAGGCGGAGGCACAAAAUUUAGCACGACGCUUAAGUGAUGCUCCUGCUAAUCAAAUGACACCAACAACAUUUGCCCAGGCCACUGUAGAUGCUUUGUGUCCAUGUGGUGUGACUGUUGAGAUACGUACAAUGGAAUGGAUAGAACAGCAACAUUUAAAUUCCUUUCUCACUAUAGCCAAAGGAUCUUGCGAGCCGCCAGUAUUGUUGGAAAUAAACUAUUGUGGCACAGCGCCAGAGGAUAAACCUGUGCUAUUGUUGGGUAAAGGCAUGACAUUUAAUAGUGGUGGCAUUUGUUUGCGUUCCUCCAAAAAUAUGGAUGAAUAUCGUGGAGCUAUGGCUGGAGCAGCUGUCUGUGUAGCUGCCAUUCGAGCAGCCGCAGCUCUUUCCUUACCCAUUAAUAUUUCUGCCGUUAUUCCUUUAUGUGAAAAUAUGCCCUCUGGCAUGGCCUGUAAACCGGGUGAUGUUGUUACUCUACUCAAUGGCAGAACAUUGGCAAUUAGAGAUACCGACAAGGCUGGUGUUGUUUUAAUGGCUGAUCCUUUACUUUAUGCUCAAACUACUUAUAAGCCUCGUUUAGUUGUGGAUAUUGCUACUUUGGGUAAGGGUGUGGUAAAAGGUUUAGGUGGUGGUGCAACCGGCAUAUUUUCCAAUUCUCAUUAUAUUUGGAAACAAUUCCAAAAGGCUGGCUCUCUAACGGGCGAUCGUAUGUGGCGUUUUCCAUUGUGGUCUUAUUACAAAAAACUUGUUACCAACAAUAUAAGUUUCGAUAUCAGUAAUAAUGGCGUUGGUCCAGCUUCAAGUUGUUUAGGUGCUGCUAUUUUACAUGAAUUUGUACCCUGUGUUGAUUGGGCUCAUUUGGAUAUACGUGGUGUUGGCAUGUUAACACGUUUCGGCACAAUACCCUACUUAUUAAAAGAUCGUAUGACUGGUCGACCCACCAGAACUUUAAUACAAUUUCUAUAUCAAAUGGCUUGUCCUGAUGCCCAGGCCAAGUAGGUUAAAAAACCAAGUGUGUGUGUCUGUCGUUUUAAUAAAUUCUUCCACUGCAGUGAUAUUUUGUGAAUUUUUUUUCGUGGUAAAAACUAAAUUUUAUUCAUGUGUGUUUAACAAUUUUUAUAUUUUGUCAAUUUUAUUUGUUUAUUCAUUGUAUUUGUACUAUCCUUUGAUGUGAAUUGAAAUAUAUAGAUAUAUUUU